UUUGAAUGAGCUUUUGCAAAACACCAACACUUUCUUAUUCAUGCUGAGUCGUCUGGUGUUUUGCUUUAGUUUGUGCUUGUUGGCAAUUCAUGAAGAAUAUAUUUUGCUUUAGUCGUUGGUUUUCUUAUAAAGUCCUUUCACUUGACGCUUUCUUCUCAAAGUAUGACUUCAACGUAAACAGUGAUGUCUGUAGUGACUGUACAGUUGGGACAGUGUGGAAACCAGGUUGGUCAGGAAUUCUUCAACGUCCUUUGCAGUGACUCCAGUAACGCCAAAGACAAACAUUACAGGGAUUGCAGUCAUGAGCGCUUCUUCAGAGAGGGACAAUCAAAAGACCUCAGAGCCCGUGCAGUGCUUAUUGAUAUGGAGCCCAAAGUCAUUUCUCAGACCAUUGCGAAAGCAGCAAAGUCUGACAAGUGGAGGUAUGGAGAGACGUCACACUUCUGUCAAAAACAGGGCUCUGGAAACAACUGGGCCAAUGGGUUUUCUGUGCACGGGCCGAAACAUGAGGAAGUUGUGCGAGAUCUUGUCCGCAAAGAGGUGGAGCAGUGUGACCGGCUGACUGGCAUUCUGACCAUGAUGAGCUUGGCUGGGGGCACCGGCUCUGGCAUGGGCACCUACAUCACCCAGUGCCUACGGGACACAUACCCCCACACCUCUAUUCUCAACCAUGUCACCUGGCCCUAUAACACCGGGGAGGUCAUUGUCCAGAACUACAAUUCCAUCCUCACGCUGUCUCAUCUCUACCAGUUCUCCGAUGCCAUCUUGGUCCAUGAAAACGACGCCGUGCACAAGAUUUGCGCUCAGCUCAUGAACAUCAAGCACAUCUCCUUUAACGACGUGAAUAAGGUCAUCGCCCACCAUUUGGGCAGUACACUACAGCCUGUAUACAGCGCUGCUUCCUCAAGCUACAGGAGGAAUGCCAUUGGUGACUUCAUGGGUUCGCUGGUAAACCAUCCCGAGUAUAAACUCCUGAGUGUCCUGAACAUCCCUCAGAUGUCAAGCACGUCUCUGGCCUACAGCGUGUUCCACUGGCCCAGCCUGCUCAAACACCUGCGGCAAAUGCUGAUCGCCAACGCCAGAAUGGAGGAAGGCAUUGACUGGGCAGUGAGGGCACGACCUGUGAGCACUUCUGACAAAGGACGGACUCCCGGGGAGCCAGGCUUCAACAGAUCACUGGCAAACCUGCUGAUAUUACGAGGAAAAGACGUGUCAAGUGCUGAAAUUGGAGCUUUUAAAGACCCUGCCCUGUAUGUUCCCUGGUUGCCGGUUGAAAGUGCCUUCAGCUGCUGGAGUUCCCCGGUUGCCUUCGGUGGCUAUGAGAAGUCGGCCACGCUGGUCAGCAACAGCCAGUCUCUCCUGCCGCCCCUCAACAGCAUGGUGGCCAAGGCAUGGAACAUGUUCGCCUCCAGAGCCUACAUUCACCAGUACAUGAAGUUUGGCGUCUCUGAGGAGGAUUUUCUGGACAGUUUCACGGUGCUGGAGCAGGUCAUCUCCAGCUACUCACAGCUGUGAGGUGAGGAGCUGGAGCAGGUCUACUGGAUGCGUUAGCAGUCACGGGAAAGCGGUUAGGGCGUCUGACUUGUAUACCAAAGGUUGCCGAUUCGACUCCCGACCCGCCAGGUUGGUGGGGUUGGAGUAAUUAACCAGUGCUAUCCCCCAAUCCUCCUCCACGACUGAGGUACCCUGAGCAUGGUAACGACUCGCUGGACUGCUCCCUUGGGGCGUCAUUGGGGGCUGCCCCCUUGCACGGGUGAGGCAUAAAUGCAAUUUAGUUGUGUGCAGUGAGCACUUGUGCGCUGUGGAGUGCUGUAUCACAAUGACAAUGGAAGUUGGAGUUUCCCAGUUAGGCUUUCAUAUCUCUGUACCAUGGAGUGGGGUCAGCUUUAUGUUCCCACUGCUGCUGCUCCAUGUUCCCACAUUUUUAAAGAAAUAUUUCAAAUAUAGGCCCUAUGUUCCACAGCUCUAUGUUCCCACAUUUCCGAGUAAACUAAGAGAACAUGCAUUUCUCCCCGCCAUGGAACAUAGGCCCUAAAUUUGAAUACAUUCUUAGAAAUGUGGGAACAUGGGGCAGUAGGAAUAUGCUGUGGGACCAAUGGGCCUAAAAUUAUUUGUUGAAAGUCCUAGUUGUGUGGGACCAAUGGGCUGUGGCUGGGAACAUAAGACACGCUCCCCAUCGAGUUAAUGAUCAAAAUAAAGAAGUAGCACACCAUGAUGACAAGGAUCUGCUCAAAAUCCCAGGACAGACAGUUCUCUCCCGGUCAUCUCCAGCUACUCACAGCUGUGAGGAGAAACGUACGCAGCAGGGAAGGAGGGAAAUCCCCAGCACUGCUUAGUCACCCAGAGUCGCACUCAGCACCACGGAACAGAUUCUUUUUAUUUUAUUACUAAAAUAGUUGGAACUACUACAGAUCGAUUUUACUUCUGUGUCUAAUGUAAUUGGCAGUUUGUUUGAUGUGCUCAUGGAAUUAAGAUUAAUUUAUUUUAUUUAUGCACUGGUACUUUUGAUAGAGAAAAAAAAUAAAAUGCUGCUUUUUCCCUGCUUAUCUAAGGUCAUUGAGUAUUUCCUUUUUAAUUACCAACUCACAAC